AUGAACAUUAGCACAAGAAGUUUGGUGGAGGAAUGUAUGGCAGCCAAUAUAAAUAAGGCACUCUCUGAUGGAGAACAAGAGUUUGAAGUACAAGGGACACAAGAAGGAAGAAGGGAGAUGCUGCCUUGUAUAUGUGGUGCUGCACAAACCUGGAAAGGGAAGGCGCUUGACACAGCCUCAGGCUUCUCAGAGGAUGGAAAAUCUGCCAGGAGCAACGACCUCUCAGCUGGUGAUUGUGGUUCCCCAGGAUCCUCAAACCCAAAGACACAGUGUGCAGUUGAAGGGAGUCGAGCCUACAUUCCCCCUUCUGAGUCCCUGAAUUUACAGAAGUCCAGGAAGCUGCUGGGGCUAGUUCAGGACUACAGCAAGUCAGCUCCUGAGAGAAAUGGGAGAGGGUUCACUGCUGAGGUAACAAAUCUCCAGAUUUUGCAGACCUCUUUAAAAUGGCACCACGUGGACUACACAGCAUCCAGCCUACUGGAUGCAUACUCAAGCAUGUUGAGUCACCAAGCCAUGAUUCUAUCCAUGAACUCCAGCUUUGUGGAUCCCUUACUGCAAUUUAAAUCUCAACUGAGUAUAAUAGAGUCAUCCUUUCAUAUAGUGUUUUCUAUGCCAAGUAUGGACAAAGUAAUAGCAAUGGGGAAAAGUGAAGAUGAUGAAGAGGACCUGGAGAAUUUAUACCAAAGUAUUUUAAACAUCUUUGAGGACACUCUUCUGGUCUUAGUGUCUAAAGACCUCUACAAACUGCAACUCUUAAAGGAAAUGAUCACAUGGAUGAAUGAAGAUAAGUCGUAUAUGCAGGCUCGAGUUGUGGCGAUCAUCAGCAGGGUGCUAAGUUUUGCCUCCAGAAAAGUGAGAGAAUAUACAAGUGUUGAUGCGCCAUGUUUGGGUGUCCUGGCAACAGAACUAUCUCUUUUGUGUUCCCAUCCUGAUUGUUCAAUCACACAGCAAGCAGCCUUUGGAAUGUAUCACCUUCUCUGUAUAGCAAAGUGCCAGAAUGCGGAUAUUGCAAAAAAUAAAACUGCAAACUAUACUAAGCCUGGAUAUCAUUAUGCCAUCCCUUCUCUGUCUGAUAUGGACUUCCUGCCCAGUAUCUUAAAACAAAACAAAAGUAAAAUUGUUCAGAAUUUAGGACUGAUCCUACUGCCAGCCAUGCUGACGGACUUUGUGUGGAGCCUCCUGAUGAGACUCUCUGCAUCUGAUAAGGAAAUAGCUGCUGAGGCGGCGACAUUACUGACCUUAACUCUGGAAGACCAUGCCCACAAGGUCACCACGGUCUCUAAGAUCGUGGAUUCUAUUUAUAAGCAAUUGCGUGAAAAUCCUUCUCACGUUAUGAAGCAAGCCAUGUUGCUAGUUGUCACCUUGCUGACACGCACUUCACCGAAAAAGGUCAUCUUUCAGCUUAUGGACUACCCAGUCCCCGCAGACAACACUUUGAUACUGAUGUGGCAGGCAGCUGGUUCUGAGUCAAGUGUGGCCCCUCACGUGCUGAAGACUAUCUUGUUGAUACUGAAAGGGAAGCCUGGGGAAAGAGCCGAUAGCCUGAUGGAAAGAAGACGUUUCUCUAUGGAUGCUACCAACAUGAUGCCCGUGGCAGCCUCCCAAGCCCUGUGUACAUUGCUGCCUGUGGGAUCUUACAGGAAAGCAGUGGCUCAGUUCUUUCCCCAACUCUUGAUGGCCCUCUUGCUUCAGCUCUUUUACAGCAGCAGCUUGAGACUGGUGACAGAGAACAGGCCUUGCUAUGCCCAGGAUGCCCUGCGAGUUCUGCUGAAUUGUUCUGGACUACAAGAAGUAGAUGAGGCUCUAAAGAUAAAGAAUUGCUGGGAACAGUUUUCCCAGGCACUAUUUCACCAUCAUGGAGUCUACCUUGUUGCCAAAACUCUCAGUGAAUAUAACUUUCCACAGUUUCCAGAGACCUUGCAUUAUCUUUACAAGCUCUCAGUGGAAGGUCCGAGAAGAUCAGAAGACAGUAUCAUCACAAUAAUAUUUCUCACUGAAUUGCUGAAUAACUUCUUCAAAGACCCAUUCCCAGAAGAAUUUUUGGUUCUUUUCAGAAACUGGGUCAAUGAUUCUAAUUCUGCAGUUAGUAAAUUGAGCCUUCAGAAAAUUUCCAGCAUGGCACCAGUUAUUAACAAGAUAGAAAAUGUCAAAAGUUUAAUAAUAGCCAUCCUGGAUGCCUUCCUUUCCAAAGACAAGACUGUUAUAGCUCGGGCCUUGCUGACCCUUCGAAAACUUUUAGGCAAGCUGGACAAGGUGACCUACUCUUCUCUAUGUACCAGAAUUGCUUCCAGCUACUGUCCUCUCAUGGAUCAUAGUAAUGCAGGCAUUCGGUGCAUGGCCAUUCGACACUUUGGAGAGUUACUCAGAGACAUGAGCCAAUACACCUGGAUGCUGAGUGAUGUGAUCUUUACAGGCCUGGUGCCCCUGAUCCUGUUUUUGGAGGAUACAGAGAUAAAAGUCGUUAAAGCAUGUAAAUUUACAUUAGAAAUCUGUGCCUUGGAACUGCAUUGGUCAACAACAUACUUGCUCAAACAACAAAAUUACAACUUUGAGAUGGUGGUGCUCAGCAUCUGUAACAAUCUUCUUAUUUUUCAUAGGAGCUGUAUUGUAGAUUUGAUAUGUGACACAUUAGGAUUCCUGAGGAGCUCCCGGCAAUAUCUGAGAAAAGCAUCCAUUAUUUUAAUAGGGUACUUGGCAAAAGCUGGUGGCUAUUUGCUACUCAGAGAUGAAACUCAAGUCAUGCUUGAAAUUAUAGAAGGCAUGCUGACGGAUAAGGACCCCGUGAUCAAGAUGUUGACACUAAAAACUCACAAAGUGAUCAAGGAAAUACUUCACAAAACUACGUCCUCAAAUUUUAAACAAAGCUUCCGAAGAUUGUUUAAUGUCAUUUAUGUAAAAAAACUGAAGCCUCUUUAUUAUUUUAACUGGACAAGUGAAGUGAAUGACAACUCUGUGGGGAGUAAAGAAAUCAAAAGUGAUGAGCAAGAACUGGUGGAUGUGAAGUAUGAAAAUGGAAAUAGUUAG